AUGUCGAUGGAAGAUCCAUUCUUCGUUGUGAAGGGGUGAGAGGAACUGGGGGUGCCGGGACAUGGGGGGAGGAGGGGGUAUGAAUGGGUCUGCUUCACUAUUAUAUAGUAUGUUAUUAUUACACUAAUAUAGUAUGUUAUUAUAUAGUAUGUUAUUAUUACACUAAUAUAGUAUGUUAUUAUAUAGUAUGUUAUUAUUACACUAAUAUAGUAUGUUAUUAUAUAGUAUGUCAAUAUUACACUAAUAUAGUAUGUUAUAUUAUAGUAUGUUAUUAUAUAAUAUGUUAUCAUAUAUGUUAUUAUAUCAUCAUUCCUGCCAUGGCCUCGUGUAACUUCAAUACCCUAUCUGUGCAUCACCAUUCACAUAGAGAGGUCAAAAAGGCACCAUAUAGGACUACAACUCCCAUGGUGCACUGCUUUUCUACUAUAAGUGGGGGUCUACCUUCCAGCCGCUAUGGUAUGCAGUGAGCAUCCUGUGAGAUGUGCUCCACAACAGGCAUCAUGCAGGGUUGGAUUAUUGGAAAUUGGGGGAAGGACCCUCUUUGUGUAAUAAAGGGGGGAGGGGUGUUUACAUUUGGGAUAGGCGUGACAAUGGAGGUGGGGGUAGGGUUGAUGAUAUUUAGGGAGAACUAUUGUGUUUAUGGAGGCACAUGGGUGACCUGUUUAAUACCUUCAUAAUAAGAGUAGUUUUCCAUUUUUGCUUUGUCUAUGACUAUGUUAAUCUUCUAAGUGAUUUAGUGCACAGACACACGUUACAAGCUUUAUUAUUUUAAAUAAUACUUAGGGCUUUUAGCAUAGAAAAAAAGAAAACAUUAAAAAUGUACACCUUCAUCACAGUUAUUCCUGUUAUAGUUAGAUAACACCAGUGCAAGUUUGGGAUGUUUCACUAUUUUUGAUAGUUACACAUUAUAUACCAAAAAGAAAACUUUACUGUUUUAAGUUGAAACAUAUUCAACUUUUGAUAAGUCAUUCAUCUAAGUUUAACAGUGGUCGGCAAAUCUAAAAUUUCUUCUUAUCUAUUCAAGAUAUUUUUGAAAAUUGAUAUUCCAAUAUAUUUAUGGGUUUUUGACUCUUUUCAUGAAGCCAUUGCAUCACCAGUCUCUGCCAAAGUUAUAUAUUUUUUUUCAGGAUUAUUCACUAAAGUGAGUUUAAAAUUUAAAGCCAACAUAUUACAAAAAAAUGUCGCAGAGAAUUUCAAACAAUUCUCGUUUUAGUGAAUAGCCGUGUUUGGUUUUAACACAUGCAAACACAACAUUGCUUUGCAGGUUUAUACCAAAAUUUGUGUUCAUCAGGAGGACCCCAAGCACAGAAAUAUUCCUGAGGUUUAUCUCUGGUAUUUUUUGUGUGAAUAUGCCUUCGUUACCACUUGUUUCUGUUAAUUUUUGUAUGUCAAUUACUCGUUAAUAAAAAUAUCCCCAUUCUAUAAUUGUAAGGCACUGCAUAAUAUAUUGGUGCUACAUGCUAAUAACAAUAAAAAGUCAGGACCAGUGGGUUAUUGGGGCAAGAUGGGGGGAGGGAGGGCAUUUAAGUUUAGGCCAUAUUGAUGGGCUUUUAUAUAAACUCUAAGUUAACAUCCUUAUUAAAUCAGGUGGAAAAGAAGGGACUCUCCGAAUGCAGUCUCACACAGCAUUCCUUGUAUAGCAAGCAAUGUUGUCUGAGUACAAUCACAUGCUGAGUAAGUGGCUAAUACUGAUUGCUCUGGUCUCGGUCAGUAUCGGUGUUUACUUGGUGAUAGUAGCAUGCAUAUUUGUGAGCUACAAUCAUUAAAGUGUGACGACUUAUGAAAGUUUAAUUUUCUUCUAAAGACAGUCUUUUUGGUGUCCUGGCAAAUCAUUUGGAAUGAAGGGAUUUCAAAGAAUACCAAUGUUCUUUGUAAGACCGUGUUUUUAACUUUUGCCUAAAAUAGACUUUCACAAGAAACAAGGUACAUUUUGCAGUUUGCCGAACAUCAUGGAUACCUUUUCUAAAGAUAAUUAUACGCUGCACCUAAGCUAGUAUUAAUUUCCACUUCUGUACAUGCAGUGUUUAUUGUAAUUAAAAUAACAUUAGCAAUGAUCAUUUAUCUAUAAUUAUAAUUGGUUCAUGCAGUGGUACAUUAUGUAAUAGUUAUGUAUUUCAAUUAUAAAGUCUGCUGUCAAAGAUUUCCAUAUGUAGAUAAGAAACAAUCUCCAUUUGACUUCCCAGAUUCAGGAUAUAUUAAUUAAGUGUUCUUGCAUAGCAAGACCACUUAAUGUUAUCUCACAUAUAUAUUAUUCUUAUUAUAGCCAAAUUUACCACCCUAACUCCUCCCACAGUUUUUACACUACAUAGACAGAAAUAUACAGAAACGUGCGGAUUGUUCCCAAUUGGAUUGUUAUUAGUUUGUGGAACGUUUCGCUGAAUGCUUCACGGAAUAUCAUCGUUCUUGUGGUGAAAUUGGUCCCAUAGGAAUGAAUGGCAAAAUGUUCAAAACUAGAGUGGGAGCUGGCAAAAGCUGAAAAAUCAGGACAUGAUUUCUAAACUGCCACCACUCCCUCAUUUUCAAGCCCACCUACACAAAUAGUAUAUCAAAAUGUUCAGCUAUCCCUGCUGCCACUAAAAAUGUCCAUGACUAAGCCAUAGUCCUGAUAGUUUUUACAAUAUGACCAUUUGUUUGCAACUCACGCCGUCCAUUGACAUUCAUUGACACUCCACUCUAGCCAGCUCAAAUUUGAAGGGCAAUUUUUAAACUGCGACUGUGCCUUUAUUGUUAAAGGACCACUAUAGACACCCAGACCACUUCAGCUUAAUGAGGUGGUCUGGGUGCCUGGUCCAUCUAGGGUUAACCCUUUUUUCUAUAAACAUAGCAGUUUCAGAGAAACUGCUAUGUUUAUAAAUGGGUUAAUCCAGCCUCUAGUGGCUGUCUCAUUGACAACCGCUAGAGGGCUUCCGCGUUUCUCACUGUGAAAAUCACAGUGAGAGGACGCCAGCGUCCAUAGGAAAGCAUUGUGAAUGCUUUCCUAUGGACUGGCUGAAUGCGCGCGCAGCUCCUGCCGCGCAUGCGCAUUCAGCCAAAGAGGAGGAGGAGAGCUCCCCGCCCAGUGCUGGAAAAAGAGGUAAGUUUAACCCCUUCCUCUCCAUCCAGUUGGCGGGAGGGGGUCCCUGAGGGUGGGGGCACCCUUAUGGCACUAUAGUGCCAGGAAAACGAGUAUGUUUUCCUGGCACUAUAGUGGUCCUGUAAUAUUUCAGAGACAUACUAUGCAUCAAAAUGUAGGUCUGGGUCUUGUGAUUCUCACAAUAUAAAGCUCUUCACUGUAGGAUUUAUAGUUUUUAAAAUAUGACCGUUUGAAGAUGGCAACUGCCAAAAUACUCUGACCUGUGCCAGGCUGCAGCAGCAAGUGAUGUCAUAGACAGGGCCUUUUGUACACCUGCUAAUGUUUUUAUAAAUGUAUGGUUUAAUGUAACUGUGAAGCACUUUGGGCAACAACGUUGCAAUUAACCCCUUAAGACCGGAGGGCGUACUAUUACGUCCUCUAAUAGGCGGCUCUAAACGCCGCCGGGCGUAAUAGUACGCCCUCCGGUCUUUCUGUACUUACCCGGUCGCCGGCGGUCCCACGCCGGCGAUCGCGGUGGGGGGGACUCCCAGGGAGCCCCCCGCGGCACGACCGUCCUCCAGGAAGCCCCCCGGCCGUGUGAGAGUGGGGUCCAAGCGAGGACCCCACAAUCACAUGGCCGGGGAUAGCUGGCUUCUGUAUUGCCAGCAGGGGGGCUGCCUGUAAUGACAGGUGGUCCCCCUGCUGGCUGAAAAUAAAAAUGAAAUAAAUAAAUAGUGUAAAAAAAUAAAUAUUAUAUACUUAGAUCAUAUAUAUAUAUUAUAUAUAUAUGAUCAAAGUAUAUAUAUACACAUAUACAUACACACAUGUACACUGUCUAGGUGUAUUUUACUAUUAAUAUAUAUAUAAUUAUAUAUAUAUAUUAAUAUCAAAUUACACGUACACUGAUACUGAUUAAAUAUAUAUAUAAUUAUUGUUAUAUAUAUAUUUAUAUAUAUUAUAAAAAAAAUUAAAAUGUAAAUACGCUAAAAAAUAAAAUUACAAAAAUAAUUAAAAAUAAAUAAUUAAAAAAUAUAUAGAUGUGUGUUAUUUCGUUCUAACUGUAUUGUGAAAUUAAUAUAUAUAUAUAUAUAUAAAAAUACACAUAGAACGAAAUAAUAUAUAUAUUUAUACACAUAAAUAUAUACGUAUAUAUCACUAUAUAUAUACCUAUAUAUAAAUAAAAAUAUUUUUUAAAAAUUAUAUAGAUAUAUACAUAUAUAUAUACACAUACGUAUAUAUAUACAUAUAUUGAUUCUACAUAUAUAUUUAUGUAAUAUUUUUACAUAAUUAGGUAUCUUAAUUAAUUACAAUUAGCGGGACCUGCCUGACAACCCAUGCCGAAAGUAAAGGGAAUUUAAUUUGUUAGCACUAUAUUUAACCCUAUAACUUUCCAAGACACCAUAAAACCUGUACAUGGGGGGGUACUGUUCUACUCGGGAGACUUAGCUGAACACAAAUAUUAGUGUUUCAAAACAGUAAAAUGUAUUACAACGAUGAUAUCGCCAGUAAAAGUGACGUUUUUUGCAUUUUUCACGCACAAACAGCAUUAAACGGACAAUAUUAUUGCUAUGAUACUUUUACUGUUUUGAAACACAAAUAUUUGUGUUCAGUGAAGUCUCCCGAGUACAACAGUACCCCUCAUGUACAGGUUUUAUGGUGUUUUCAAAAGUUACAGCGUCAAAUAUAAGGCUUGCGUUUCAUUUUUUUCACAUUAAAAUUCGCCAGAUUGGUUACGUUGCCUUUGAGACCCCAUGGUAGCCCAAGAAUGAAAAUUACCCCUAUGAUGGCAUACCAUUUGCAAUAGUAGACAACCCAAGGUAUUGCAAACAGGGUAUGUCCAGUCUUUUUUAGUAGCCACUUAGUCACAAACACUGGCCAAAAUUGGCGGUUUUUGCAUUUUUCACACAAACAAAUACUAACGCUAACUUUGGCCAGUGUUUGUGACCAAAUGGCUACUAAAAAAGACUGGACAUACCCCAUUUGCAAUACCUUGGGUUGUCUACUAUUGCAAAUGGUAUGCCAUUAUGGGUGUAAAUUUCAUUCCUGGGCUACUAUAAAGUCCCAAAGGCAACGUAACCAAUCUGGCUAAUUUCAAUUUCAAAUGUAACGUGCUAUAUUUGACCCUGUAACUUCCCAAAACGCCAUAAAACCUGUACAUAGGGGGUACUGUUUUACACGUGAGACUUUGCUGAAUACAAAUAUGUGUAUUUUAUUGCAGUAAAAGCAAACAGUAUUAUGACACUGACCGUUUAAUUGUCAUGUAGAACUAAAAAAAUCCAAUAAAAUCGUAUUUUCUCCCAUUUUUUUCAUAUUAAAUUAUGUUUCAUAGCUAAAUAUUUGAUAUUAAAUGAAAGCCCUGUUUCCCCUGAAUAAAAUGAUAUAUAAUAAGGGUGGGUGCAUUUACUAUGAAAGAGGUGUAUUACGGUUGGACAGACAUGUAGCGCAAAUGCCAGGUUUUGUUUACAUUUUGUUUUGUUCACAACGUGUACAUUUGGCUCCGUCCUUAAGGGGUUAAAUGUGUUAUAUAAAUAAAUAAGUUACUCCGCCCACUCCAGUUGUAGAUUACUGGUGGAGGCAAGAAAACUUCACUCAAUUUCCCCAGAAAUUGUAGCUUUUCUAGUAUUAUAUACAUUAUUUGAAUAUAUUUAUAUUCAUGUGACUGACACCGGGGCCUAUGCAUUGAGCAUAGGUAGUUAUGGUGCUCUGAGUGACCAUUUAAAAUGAUUUUAAAUAAGUUAUGCAUCUAAGGAAUUGUUUUUAUUAAACAAUAUUUAUUCAUGCAAAACAGCUUGUGAAGGGAUGUGAUAAAACAAUCGGUUCUAAUUUGCUCUGACUGUAUGUUUCUUGAAGGGUAGUAUUUGCAUUUAAAACAGAGAUAGUAGUGUUUAGAUCAGGAGUUACUCGUUUUAAAUCGUGUUUUUAUAUACAAUAUUUUCUGACUUUGCUUGAAUGUUGGUGGUACACAUAAGGGGUUAGCAUACCUGUACCAUGUAGUCCUGAGCUUUCUAUUGUCUCACCUCUGUUCUGAGCAUAAAUACAUCGUCAGGAAUUGAGCGUUGUUUACAUUUGGAUCUUGUGUCUUCUACCUACAGUGAAGUACAGAAAGCUGUAAACACAGCACAAGGGUUAUUUCAGCGAUGGACGGACCUCCUCCAAGAUCCUUCAACUGCCACCCGAGAAGAGUUGGAUUGGACUACCAACGAACUACGCAACAACUUGAGGAGCAUCGAGUGGGACCUGGAGGACUUGGAUGAAACUAUUAUUAUCCUUUCAAUAGAGUGUCUUCCUUCAAGAUCAAAUUAUGAUGCCAAGUAAAUGUCUUGUUUUAUUGGCUCAACUUCAUAAGACAUAAAAUAAUUUUAGUGGAACCCAAGUACAUUUUAAUACAUUAAUAUAAUAUAAUUGAUAAUAGAGCAUUUCAUAAAAAUGUCAAUCUAAGCCUGUUUAACAGACCUUUUUGCGUCACAAUACUUGUAUCUAAUUGGGACAGAGCCGACAGAAUCUGUGUAGUGUCCCGUGUAUUUGUACCAAUAAUAUCCUGUUAGAGAGAUCUGUUAAAGCAUUCCUGUAGACACAUUAUACCAAACCUUACUUGUGUAGUUGCUCAUUCAUUAAAUGUAUAAUCUGAGCACCAUAAGCACUAAGUUACUCCAAGGAACCUCAAACACAUUCCGUAAAUCAUAUGGACACCUCAAGGUUGGGUGGAUAAUUCGAUAGUUAAGAGUUUGUGUGCUGGUACCCCUGAUUUUUGUCAAGUUAUUGUUUUUCCAGCAGAACUCUCCAUAUAGUUGGAUAGUUGGAGUGUUUAGAUAAGGCUCUGAAAAAACUGUUACUCAGAGCAUCUUCAGAAAAUGCUGCAUUUUGUGUAUCUGGCCACAAUUCAAAAGUAAAUAAAAAUUAACUGCAAGGACCUUGAAAUUCAAAAUUAUUUCUGGGUUGUAUGAACUGUUUCCUUAACAUCUAUUCAUGUAUUGUGGAGUCUAAUCCUCGCAAGUUCAGUCUGGAUCCAGCUGAGAUGAGGCAAAGAAAAGCUUUUAUUAGUGAAACACGGCAGUGUGUAAAGGUGAGUAGUGUUUACAUGGUAUCUGUGCUGUUAACAAUUUACUUGUGAGAAAAUUGAAAUAUUUCAUUUAAGUCAAAAGAAUGACCUUUACUUACUUUUAAAGUGACUGUCACCCAGAAACAUAUGUGGGUGACAUGGACCGCUUCAGAUGGGUAUUAAAGUGGAACUGUAAAAACUUCAAUACGUGGUUACUUACUAAAGUGAGAAUUUAAAGUGAAUUUUAAAUCUAAAGUCAGAAUAGCCAAACUGGAAAUAUGCUUUAAUGAGCAAAGCAGUGAUGGCUAACAUUUAACACCCAGGCUUAGUAUUUGGAAAAUGUGGUCAAGAACAGCUGGAGUGUCAGAGUGCACAAUGGUUAGCCAUCACCGUAGAUGAUGGGACAAAAUAUUCUCUAUUGGCGAGUCUUCUAUUUAGAAAUGUAAAAGGUACCUUAACAGAAUUAAGUUAAGAAUGUGCUUCAAUGAAAAAUAAACAUUUUGGAUAAUGUAUCAAUGCAAACUCAUACUUGUAUGACUAGCUUAAGUCAAUAAAUUAAUUUUUUUUAAAAAGGUUGAGUUGUCACAUCAUUCUUUGUAGCGUAAAAUUGUAAUCUGCAUCAUGAAUCCGACCAAGCAGACCUUUUACAUUCUUUUUGUUUUUUUGUUUUUGUAUUUAACACUAAUUGUAGAUUAUUGUUGCUUUCAAACAGUGAUUGAUUUAUAUAACUUUUUCUUCCAUGUAGGGAAUGAAGGAUCAGAUGACCAGUCCGUCUGUACAAGCUUUGGCUGAGAAAAAAAGCCGGCAGGUAAAGAGGCGCAGCAUUUGUAUUGUUUGCUUCGCUGACGUUUUAGUCUCCUAGGUGAUUUUCCAAGGGUCACCAUUCUAACAGGAGCUGAGUGUUCACUUGCUGUGGUUUCGAGUUACAGUUGUCUGACUCUGAAUUCCGAACCAGUGAACUAACACUGUAUGUAAUGUAAAAUCUAUAGAGACAUUAAACAAUAAGAUUUUUUUUUUUUUUUUUCUUCUUGAAAUAUUUUUUAUGUCUUUGGUAUUUUGGCAGAUGAUAGUAUCAUUGUAUUUAAUGUGAAAAUCAAAUUUAGGGUCAAAAUAGAUGAACUGGAAAAAUUAACUAAGUUAGCUUUGCUUUCACUUCAGCUACUCUGAACAUCACUUGGAAAUCUCACUUUAGUGAAUAACCCUCUUUCUAUGUAUGUUCUGGGUUCUAGAUGUAAUUAAUACCCAACUUAACAAUGUUCAUUUUUGGACCUCUGAAAUAUGAAAGACUGGGUUCACUUUGCCAGGUCUCCGUUGCAGGCAAACUUAUAGAUUUGCUUUAGUGUAAUGUCAACCCUUUCUGCAGCUAAAAGAUCCUUUUUACAUAGUUUACUCACCCUCUCAUUCCUGGCACAAUUUAAUGGCUAACUCUGCAUCGUCCUAUGGCCUUGAGGAAAGGGGAUUCCUAUUUACAUAUAAUAAUUUAAUGAUGAUCAUUGGUACUGUUAUUAUAAGUUACAGUAGAUGAGCUUAUAAACCAUAUAGUUCCAGACAGACAAAUCAAGUUUCCUUAAAUUUUGACUUCUGGCUUACUAAAAGUAAUUUUGUAUUUCAGGUGCUCCUGGGAGAAGGGUCAAAGCAGGGCUGGAACCCAGAAACCAAGAAAUACAAGGGUUUAGAUAAUGACCUUCAGACGGUAAAUUCACAGUUUUUGGAAGGUCAAGUUUCGCAGCAGCAGGUAAGAUGUUAAGACACCAGAGAAUAUUUAUUCUGGGGCAAAGUUCUGAAAAUUGAACGGUCACCACAGAAAUGAUGGAAUGUUCCUGCUGUUUGUUUUACAUUUGGGCCAUAUAAUUGUUCUAAUAAAAGUUCCAAGUGUUAAUGUUAAAAUGGUAAUGGGUUUAUCGGCAAGCUUUUUAGACCUGCAAUUAGCUGGGACUGUCUUUUAGGCAUACAUCCCCCUUUUAAAAGACCCUAAAGUCACCCAGACCAUUUCAGCUCAAUGAAUAGGUGUGGGUGCAGUGAUACUUUAACCCUUUAGUGUAAAACAUUGUCAUUCUAUAAAGAUGAGAAACAUUGGAUGGGAUAAGAUAAUUGGUGACGUUGGUAGGUAUGCUGACAUUGAUGGUGGCAGAGCUGGGGGUUGCAGUGGAGGAGCCUCGGUGCUGGAAACAAGUCAAGUAAUUUUAGGGGAAAUGGACAGUGAUCAGAUCAAUAGAUGUGGAAAAAACAUUUAUUCAGAAAAAGAUUCCUUUUAAAGUGUUGCUGUGCAAAGCAUACAUGCUGUGUUGUUGACUUGUUCUGCAUUCCAUACUCCAGCACUCUAAAUUUUAUUUUUGUCAUAACCUACUCCAUUGCUUACCUGAGGAAAUGUUUGGGAGAGGUCUGGACCAUCUGUUCCUGCAGGCAAUUGCAUAAUCAAGUCAUUCUAUACUGGGUAUUUGAAUACCUUUUCUAUUACACCUUCUUUUAGCUUAUUAUGGAUCAGCAGGAUGAUGAUCUGGAGUUGGUAUCUGGGAGCAUCGGUGUCUUGAAGAAUAUGUCGCAGCGGAUUGGGAAUGAGUUGGAUGAACAAGCAGUGUGAGUGUCCUAGAAAAGUACACAAUUAAAACUCUAAAUUUCCACUUGAAAAUAUUUAUACAGAUUGGGGGCUCUCUUCAGUUUCUUUAGAAGCAGAGGUCAAGUAAAACCUUCCUCUCAUUGGUGGUUGAUGGAUUGUUUUGCAGACCCAGCACUAAAUGCAACCUAUAUCAAAUUGCCAGGGUACAUUUUAUAUUGAUAAUUAUGCAUUACUUAGAUUUGGGUCACAAUUUUCUAGUACGUUUCUUUCUCCCAUGUUGUUUACUCUUCACUGGAGCAUAUAUUUAAUAAAAUUGUAUCCUUUACUGAGAUUCAAGUAUAUAGUUUGCAAGAAGCCUACCUUUUCUUCCCCUAGGAUGCUGGAUGACUUUUCCCAUGAAAUAGAUACAGCUCAGUCUCGAAUGGAUAAUGUCUUAAAGAAACUAGCCAAGGUUUCCCACAUGACGAGUGGUGAGUAGGACUAUAAUGAAGGUUCUAGUGGUGCUUGCAUUGUGCCGCAGGGAACGUGUCAAGAGGGAAAUGUGGUUUAUCAGUGCAUCUGCCUUUUCAAGGUGACAAAGGAAAAUACGUUUAUUUAACUCUGUCAAUAGUUGGCAUACAGGUGUAAAUUCUCACUAUGAAUUGCAUAAAGAAAGGUAGAAAUGCCAUAUCAUUGUAAUACCACGUCUAGCCUAUAUGGUUUUUACCUUGUGAUGUAUCGAAUAGGCCAUAAACUUAGCAGAAGGAGAUUUUUUUUUUUUUUUUUUUUUUUACUGCUGACAUUGCUUAUAUAUUAUAGCCAGUAUAUUCCCCUAUUAGUCUGUUGGCCAGGCAGAUUUUUUUAUUUUUUCGUUCCAAUAUGUUGUGCAGAAUGAAGUCACUCAAAUAUGCUUCUGUGUGUGUAUUCAAGUAGUUUUUCCUUUCACACAUUUGCAGCUAUAAUACAAAAAGGUUGUUUUUUUUUUGUUUUUUGUUUUUUUGUCUGAAUGUGAAAAUGUCUUUCUCAGUAGAGUAAUUCCUACUGAGAAUACACUGCAGAGUGAAGCUCUGAGAAUUGAAAGGAAGCUGUCAGACCAAAAGAGCUAAUUUAAUUGUCUGUCCAUUUGUGUCUAUGCUUUGUCCGGUUUCGAAUAAAUGUAUUAAUUAAAAUUGAUACUUAAAUAGGAUGGCUACCACAGUUGAUGUGCAUGCACUAUCCUGCCACCAAAUGCUUAAUGCAGCAUCCCAUUGUAUGAUACCUUUGAACUUACUGUGCACAUCCAUUGUCUUAGCUAUAUGUAUGUAUUAAUUGCAUACAGCUGUGUUUUGAUAUUUCUUUUACCCAAAACCAGACUCCUGUAGAUGGCUUUUCAGUUUCACCAUAAUUAUUGUGCCAUGGUUGAUGUUUUGUCUCCGUUCAGCACAUUGGCAUCUGCAUUGCUGUUAAGUAUCCUAACGUUAUCAAACUGCCGUUUAAAGGGCAACACACUAAUUUCCUUAGAGAAUAUGAAAAGCAUGUUGCUGUUGGAGAUAAUAGUGUGAUGGGUCACUUAUCCAGUUGUCCUGCAAGAAAUACAAGGCAUUCCACAUUCCUUCUUUUUUCCAUUGUAAUUUCAAAGAAGCUGUCCAGCAUCAGCCCCAUGCACACUUGUGCAAAUGCAGAAACACUUUUAUUAAGUUUAGACAUUUUAUAGACAUUUUCUCUCUCUCUAAAGGACACUCUAGACCUCUAAUCGAAUUUGUUUAUAGUGUGUUGAGUCCACUAGUUCUGUCUCUGGAGUCAAUGUUAACAUUUUCAGAUUUGUUAUCACUAAAUGGUUGUCCCUUGCACCCACAGGAGGUAUGGCUAUGGCAGAGAUUACGCUGUUCUUUAGCCAUACCAAUUCGUACCAGCAAUGGGCAGUUGUGAUACUCAGUCAGCUCACUCUCUCAGCCAAUCACUCUGCCCAUUGCUACUCAGGCCAAUGUUCCUCCAUUAGCCUGUGCAGCACAGAGGGGACUGGCUGCCAGGGACUCUCAUUUUAAUCUCGAUACUUUAUCCAGUUCAAUUAGAUGAAGUGUAUACAAUGCUUAGCAUGGCCCUUUAACUACCGAUUAUUAUUAAUUAGAAGUGAUGCACACCAUAUACUUUUCCUUACAAAAAUAAUGUAAGCACAAUAUUCUAGUUGGUUAAAGCGUUACUCCAAGCACUAUGAUCACUUCACAGAUUUGAAAUCUGUAUGUGCAAGUGUUUCAUGUGAAAUGCAGCACUUGCAGAGUUCUGUCUGCCCGCACCUCCCACGCCUCACCCUUCUGUCAGUCUCUCCAUUGGCUUACUAUAAGAUAAUUUAAAAUUCUGGUUCUUGCUUUCAAAUCUCUACAUAAUGCUACUCCCACCUAUCUAUCCUCCAUUAUACACAAGUAUGUCCUGUCUAGGCCCUUACGAUCUGCUGAAGACUUACGUCUAUCUUCUGUCCGUACUCCCACCUUUGAUGCUCGCCUUCAAGAUUUCUCGAGGGCUGCACCGUUCCUGUGGAACUCGCUUCCCUCCUCCGUUAAAUGCUCACCCAGUCUCCACUCCUUCAAAAAAUCGUUAAAAACACACUUCUUCAUAAAAGCGUAUCAAUUAAACUGUUAAUAGUUCCUGACUGAUUCCUCUUCUGCAACUGUCACUAGUCUAACACUAUCCUUACCUUUUUGUGUCACUUUACCCCACUCCCUCUAGCAUGCAAGCUCAUUGAGCAGGGCCCUCAACCCCUCUGUUCCUGUGUGUCCAACUUGUCUGGUUACAACUACAUGUCUGUUCGUCCACCCAUUGUAAAGCGCUGCGGAAUUUGAUGGCGCUAUAUAAAUGGCAUAAUAAUAAUAUAUCUGCUGCCAGAAUAGCUUCACUUUUGGCAGUGUCAUUGCGGCGUCAUCAUCAGACCUGGAACAAGAGUUCCCUAAAUAGUGUAACCUCUACUGCUGAAUCUGAAGGUUCCACUUCCUUCCUUCCCUCACUACUUAUUUCUUCCUGUGAUGUGCUUCCUGAAUAACAGGUGCAUACUUUUGGGGACUCACUGGGAAAUCACCAAAUUUAUUUUGAGGAGUAUGAACUGAUCACCUUGAUCUUCUUUACAAAUGUUAAACAGUGAUAAUUUGUAUCAGUUGUGCCUAAUUCCCCAUUACACCAUAGUUCAUCCUCAUUGUUUUUUUCUUUGAAUUGAUUGUCAAAAAAAACCACAUGUUUUUUAUUGAGUUUUUUGUAAAUAAUUUUCAUGCUAGAUUUUUUAACUGAUUUUCCUUUAGAGAGCUUUAGAGAGAGAACCUUUAUUGCAGGUACUAAGGCAUUUGCUAUUCUCAAGGUAUUUUACACUUCACUUUCAUAAACCUACAUAGUUCCCCCUUUCACAGCAAUGUAGACCAUGUGUGGCUGAAUUGUAUUGACAUUGAUCAGGUUUAUGUAAACUAGAGUAAUUCAUAAACCCAGGUCUGUGAGGGAUCUGUUAAUUUGUAAUUCUGAUAACUAUGCCUUUUAUUAUAUGUAGAUUGCAUUGUGUGCUUCUGUGAAAUGUAACCAUUGUCAAUGUGUCCUUUGCAGAUCGACGGCAGUGGUGUGCUAUCAUUAUCCUGCUGGCACUACUAUUGGUAGUACUCAUCCUGUUUUUUACAUUGUGA